CGAGUUACGGUGUGUGCGUAUUCGUAGGUUUUCGCCGCGCCUGGAGGACGUGCCCUUGCCCGUGUCGGCGUGAGCGUGAGUGGUGAGCGUGAGCGGUGAGUGGCGAGCAGGCGGCGCUGCCUGGCGAGGUGCCCGGGUGGUGAUGGUGCGGGGCUGGCAUCCCCAUGGAGGCACUGGGCUCCCUGGCGGCGCGGGCUCGCGGGGCCCUCACCACCGCCUUCUCCUUUCGCGAGUCUUCAAGGAACAAGGGUGCGGCGGCGGCGCCCGUGCAGGAGCAGUCCGUGACUCACCUGCGUCCCCCGAGACCACACAGCGGCAGGCGCCAAGCACCCCACUCUGACUUCACCCCCGCCCGUGAGCUGACCUGCCCGCGCCCCCGCCACGAGGGUAGCAUCCGCGGCGUGCAGGAGGGCGUGCAGCUGUACCAAUACCUGCCGCCCAACCCUCACACGGUGGGCGUGCCCGUGCCUGACGUGCACCACCCACACCCAUACUCGCGCCGCGGCCACCACGCCCCGCAUCCCUCCCUGGUGGCCACGCGCGCCAUCCCCACCAUCGUGGUGCCCCGCGAGGACGCCCACCCUUCCAGGCUGGCCCCCGGCGAGGCCUCACGCCUCGAGAGACGCCGCAGCUCCCUGGGCGAGCCGCUGCAUGCACCGUCCCUGCCCCUGCAUCUGAGGGAGGGGCGUCGCCCCAGCCUGGACCCCAACGUGCUGCUCAACGCACAGCCCCACCCAGAGGGGCGCCGCGGCCAGUACGUGACCGCGGGGCGCGGCUGCCGGUCUGCCCACACCGCGAAGUUCACGCCCUCUGCCAAGGCUCGUGGCCGCCGCCGCAGCGCCUCGCCGCCCCCCGCCACGCGCCGCCGCCAGGAGACAGAAAGGCGGCGGCCUCACAACGGCCAAGUCGUGGCCACCAGGAAGAACCCCGCGCCCUCCGCGGCGCCCGGCAAGCCCGCGUCGGGCGUGUGGACUAUCCAGAUACACCCGCCCACGCCCGACUCUACGCCCGCGCCCUCCCACGUCACCACGCCCACACCCGCCACUGCCGUGAACCCCGCCACCGCCGCCCCGGGCCGCCUGCACGCCGCGGUGCUGCGCCUGGCCCGGUGGCGCCUGCACGUGAAGCAGGCCGCUGCCACACACUGGGCCGCCGCCAAACAGGACGCGCCCACCCUGGAGGAGGUGGUGGAGGCACUCGGCCAGGCACAGGUGAUCGCCUUGGUGUGCGGCAUCAUCACAGCCUUCCUGAUGGUGCUGGCCCUCGCCUCCUCCGACUGGCUGCUGGCGGUAGGGUGGCGGCAGGGUCUUUUUGAGCACUGUGUGGAGCAAGGCGCGCCCAAACCCCUGCCUUUCCAAAUCAACGCGGAACCGGGAUGUCACCCAGCACGAGACGAACCCUACAUUAUGGCCAGUGCUGCCCUGUGUGUCAUCUGCCUGCUACUGGACUUCUUUGCCACCAUCAUGACAGGUCUCGGUCUGAGCAACAACGACCCUUCUGUCAAAACACGCUACUACAGGAUUGCUGUCUGGGUGAUGACCCUUGCCUUGAUCGCUAUCCUUGUAGCACUCAUCUUGUAUCCUGUUUUCUUUGCGCAGGAGUUGGAACUUGGAAACCGGACCCUGUGGGAGUUCGGGUGGGCUUACGGUGUUGGCUGGGGUGCUGCCAUCUUCCUGUUCGGCGCCGUGGUGCUGCUGCUUUGCGACCAGGAGGAGGAGGAGAUCUACUACAAGGAGAGGACCAUCAUUCAUGCAGAGAACGACUCUAGGGCCUAAGUGACCCAGACAGUGGCAUGAAGCAGAGGCCUUGCAGCUCCUCGGUGUCAAGAGCAGCCCAUGGUGACCGCCUGUCCUUCACUCCUCAGAGGCUGGGAGAGUGGAUGCAGCAUGAAAGAGUCGAGUGCGUUGCGUGAGUGAGGUGAAAGAAGAGUGUUUUCUCUUGUCCAUUCACUAUUGGCAAUGCUUCCUUACAGCAACCAGUACUGUGCACAUGAGCGGAGGCCAUGAGUGUGUGAAAACAUGAGGCAAGGCAAGGAGGAAAGUGAAAAGACAAAAAGACAAAGAGAAAAUCAUUUGCAAACUCACAUAUCGGCUUGUGUCCGGCGCACGAGUGACGUCACAGUUUAUGAAAUGAAUGUGGAAGUCGAGCAGUGCAGGACGUGACAUUGCAGGAGCACCGCCUUGUGUUUUCUGGAGAAUGUUUUGCUUCCUGGGCCUCCAUCCUGCUGCCCCCAUUGCUUCUCCCCGCCCUCAGUGGUCCCGGCAUUACUCCUGUGUAGUCUUCUCUCUACGCAGCGAGUGUGUGUGUGUGUGUGUGUGUGUGUGUGUGUGUGUGUGUGUGUGUGUGUGUGUGAGAUGCCGCUGAUGUCUGACUCUGUGUUGACGAGACAUUGUGGUGUUGAUGUGUAUCUGUGUUCAUUUGGUGUGUCAAGUCUGCAAGGUUCAAUUGGUCUGCUCUUAUUUCUUGUGUUCUUUCAUGUCCAUGCCACGCUUCUGUUUGACGAGAGCUGUGUUUGUUGCGAUGAGAUUUUGACCAUGAGGAACCUUUGUCAGUUCUUCAUUUUCCUCCUGUUCAUGUUUUUUUUUUUUUUUUUUUUUUUUUUAUGCAGUCUUUUCUGUUGUGAGACUUACUUCACCUGUUGACUGUGACCAAGAAAAACCUUCACUAGUUCUCCUCUCCUUUACAUUUCCACAUUAUUUCCUUUGAUCACAAGGGAAUCCUCCUCCCUUCACAUUUCUAUUCAUUCCUUGUAUUUUCUCUGCAAUCCCUUCAUUCCCUCAGACUUCACUUUAUCCUUGUUGUGACCCUCUCUUGAGUUGCUUCCGGCACUGACAGCGACCACACACCUCGACACAACCUCCAGACACAGGUUCCAGAGUACUAAAAAGGAAAUUAGAGAAGGAAGAGAAGACGAACGUAAGCACAGAAGGAAAUAAGAGAAGGAAAAGAAGAGGAACAGAAGCACAGAAGGACUGGGUUGGCAGAAGACAGCCUGGGAGAUGCCUAAACAAAGUCACCACCCCAGAGUACUUAUAGAUAUUCUUACAUUUCGCUGGCAGUGUGUCGUCUGCGCCAGCUUAACUCUCUUAGUCAAUAAAUUUAGGUAAGACUAGAUUAAACGGUCUUAAAUAGUCAAGGGUUUUUACUCCAUAAUAAUAAUAAUAAUCAUAAUGCCUCUUAGCUCAUCUCACAAGGAAAUUAUCUCUCUAUCUCUCUUGGAUCCAGGAAGUUUGGAAUCCACAUAAUAUUACGGCAUUGUUUUGUGCCGACGCCUCGACUCUCCAUAAUAAGAUGCAUAGAUAUCUAGGCUUUCUAUGAUGAUGAUGAUGAUGAUGAUGAUGUGGAUUUGGGAAGAGACAGCUCAUUUUUUUUUAUAGGUUUUUUAGAGUUUUUUUAAUGAUUCUCCUCGCAUAGUUAUCAUUUUUUACCUAUUUAGUUUUUAGUUGUUUUUUUUCUCUGGUAGUGUUUUCUGUGUUUUUCUUAUCCAUCUCCCCUCCUUUUGGCCAUUGCAGUUGUCUUUCAUUAGUCACACAAUCAUCGCCCUUUGCAUAGCGUCUGUCACUUAAUUUCCUUGGUGAUAAUUAGUAACACAGCCUGAGCAAACAAACUAUUAGUCAUCACCACCACCACAACCAUCACCACCACCACCACCACCAUCCUCACCAUUGUCACCCCCAACCAUGCACUCUCACACAUUCACUCUCCUUCACAAACCACCUUUCCCUGUUUCUGUGUAAGAUUUUUGCAUUCUGUUAUUCCUCAUAUGCAUCACUAAACAAGCACACAUACUUACACUCACACACAGACCCAUGAUGCUUACACACUCAAACACAACUCCCCAACACUGCUUGAAGGCCCUUAUUUUGUGUAUGUGCCAUUGCUUAUCUCCCUCUGAGCAAUCCCCAGUCAGUAACUUUAAGCCCAGGUGCAGCUGAUAAGAUAAUAGACACAAAAAACGUAUGCUUGCUUACGCCACACGAUUUGCUUUUUAUUUUUUACGUAUAUGAGCCGACAGUAGACCUUGGUGUGAUACUAAACAAAGGCUGCUUGAAGUGACUAUUUCUAUGUAGGAGUUACUGAAAUUAUUUGGAGUGUUUUUUUAUUUUAUUUUUUUAUCUAUUUAUUUAUUUUUCCUUGCCUAACUGCUGCAUAAACUGGAGAUUUUGAGAGUUUGUCCACGUUUUAUUUGUUGUUUUUUGACCCGUGAUGGGGGGGAAGGAGACAAGACAGGGAAGGUCAUGUGUGUAAUGUCCUGAGUGACAAUCAUGUUUCAUACUUGCACAAACUCCCUCUCUAGAUCAGUUCCUAGGCCAGUUUGUUGACAGCUUCACUUAGACAUAUAGAAAAAUUCAUCUCAAAUUUAGUUGGAGGAGAAUAAAGUUGUACACACAUCAAUGCUGCAUAAUGUCUGGGAUAAAGGAAGGAGUGAGCUUCAACACCCCUACAUACAGAAUCAGGAUUACCCAUAGAGGAUCAGGCAUGUUGACAAAGGAUCAAGUUGGAACAUUGGUAUUCAGGUGUCCGUUUUGGGUUUUGAUUCAAUGUACAGCAACUCUGCCUUGUUAUUCCUGAUCAUUAAUACCUUUUAAAUACAGGAUCAAGUUAACCCAAAGAGGAUCAGGCUUGUUGAUAAAGGAUCAAAUUGAAACAUUGGUAUUCAAGUGUCAGUUUUUGGGUUUUGAUUCAGUGUAUAGCAACUCUGGCUUCCUGUCCUCAUCACAGUAUGUGCACCAUUAUUAUUUUGCCUUGUAACAAUAUUUUUAUCCUUUGUAUUAACUAAGUGAUGCGUACAGUCAGGGUCAAAAGUUGUAUAACCUGCAGUCACUUACAUUGUUCUUAAAGUGUUUAUUUUCAAUUCUAAAUCCUGUAAUUUGCAAAGAAUCUUCUGAUCAUCAGGUUCUGUAUGAUAGUGAGGAGGUGAGAGGGGUGAAGACUGAAGGAAGGACACAAAACACAGUUGAAGUGAAUGCAGAAUGUUACAUGACUUCCGAACCAAACUGUACCUACCGAGGAGCACUGAACCUAUGUGAGCUGCUCCAGUGGUGUUUAUAAACUGCUUCACACUUGGCAGGAGUUCCCAAGCUGUCCUGGUUCCUGCUGCAUCUGUGAAUUCUUUUACCAACAAAGGUUCCGAGCGCUGUUGUGAUUUUUCAGCCGUUCGUUCAAUGCUUGCAGGUUCCCCUACCUUGCUCUCUUGAUCCUUGACACUCCUGUAGGUGAAGUAGGUCAGCGCCCCGCCAUAUCAGUGUGUCUGAGGCUUGUAGUUGCACCACAUUGUAUAUAGUGUGUCCUCUUUGAAUGAACUCUACUCCUUUUAGCAUAAAUUCAAGUGCCAGCGAUUGCAUGGGUGUCUGUGGUCCUCCAGGGGAAACGUCCAGGGUUGUGAGGGAUUUGAAGGACGCUUCCCUCCACGGUGUGACUGUGAACCACGGCGACCCAGCAAACUGUUUCACUCUCGGUCUGACCUGUCGUAAGAAAUUUUGAUAGCGUGUUAAGGGCUUAGAUUUCCAAGGUAAUAAUAAUAAUGAUGCUUUUAGCUGGAUGAAAGUUUUUAUACUAGACAAUUCUCUUACAAUGUAAGUAGAAUGUUUUAAGAGCAAGGCAUUACGGUGAAAGGUGUGAAUCUCGACAUUCACAUCUUUUCUGCAUGCUCUCAUAUUCACAAAGUACUACUACUAUUAUACUGUGUACUGUGCAGCAUUAGUCCACCAAGACAUUCACAGGGAGUAGUCGUAACAGGUCGGCAGUGCAUUGAAACGGUAACUGACAAGAAUGAACACGACCCAGAGAACACACCUUGCAGUUGCUGAGAUGGCCCAAGAGGGAGUCAGGCCCAAGACUGUGGCCACAAGUCAGUGUGGCUUUGCUGAGGAACUAGUCAUGGUUUGUUGUGUCUUGUUGCCGGUGAGGCUUGUCUGGCUGGCAGCAGUAAAACCUGUGUUGGUGCGUCCACCAACUCAUAGAGCUGAGCUGAUCCGUAACUACCCACUAACAAUUCUCUGGUGUGUGUGUGUGUGCCCGCCACCCACCACCACAUCAUUAGGUUACCAAAUGUUUUAAGUGAUCAAUUCGUUCAAGAUUAUAAUACAGCAGCUGCAGAUGGGAAAAGAUCUUGUUUUUUAUUAUUAUUUCUUUUAUAUAUAGUAUUGUUUUUCUCUGUGCUGUCCUAUUAUUGUAUUGUUUAGGGCAUUGUAUAUAGACCUUACCCAUGUGACGAUUGGGACUUUGUUUGUUGACAGAAGUGUGUAAAUGAUCAAGUUCCUGAUGGUGAUGGUGGCGCCUCGCCCUGAGAAAGGCCUGCAGAGGUGUUGUCAUUCUCUUUUAAGUUCAUGUUAGUUAGUUUUUUUUUUUUUUUUUUUUUUUUUUUUUUUUUUUUUCAUUUAUUUAUUUAUUUUUUUUUUAUGUAACAGUUUCAGUUGAAUUCCCACUAAACAAAAACAUAUCCCUUGUUAUGCCCCCAAAGUGCACCACCUCCUGAAGGCUGAAGCACUCAAGCUGUGCCGAGAGCCAGUCGUCAAAUCAAGGCUCAUAUUCUCAAACAUUUCAGCAUCUUAACUCAAUGACUUUUGACUCUUAUCUCAACGACUUCUGACUUUACCGAAGAAAUUAAGGUUUUCAAGAGUGUGUUCAUAUUUCUAGUGAUAGUUUAACAAGGAGUUUGGAUCAUUCAUGCAUAAAAAAACAUGAAAAAACUUAAGUAAUCUGUGGUUUUUCAAAAUACUGUUAGUGAACAACCUGACUAAUCUAUGAUUUUUGAAAAUAAUCUUGAUGGAAGACCAAAGUGUUUAAAGCAUAGUGAAUCUUGACGGCUGUUCCCAGUGCGGCAGGAAGGACAGGGCCGCCUCGUCCUGCCUGCCAGAGUGUUGCUGGCCUCCUCAAUCCCCCAAAGCUGUGAGGCUCAUAGGAACACAGUCCUCUGGUGUACACUUGUAGGGGUUGCAGGAGACCCAAGUUAAGGAGUGUGUGCAUGGUUGGUGUGCACAGUUACCCCAGAAUCCUCAUUAUGAUUAAGGGAUGAAACUGUACUGAACUGUGACUGGUGUUAAAAUCAAUAUACUGUAAGCACUUUGCUGGCACACCUCACUCCUGCUGCUCCUCCUCACCGGCUCCUUGUAGUAUUCUAGCUUAUUUCAUUUCAGCAUCAAAAUUUAAGCUUAUUUGUUUGUUCCUGCCUCCCAAAUCAUGCACCUGACAGUCAUAAGGUGGAUGUUCUAGCCACGUUAAUCUUCCAACUGCUAAUAAUGUAACAUCUGUUCUUUUGCGUAAUGGUGAAUGAAUUCAGUGAUUCAAAAUAAAAUACAGGAAGUAAAGGGUUUAACUUAUUCAAUUGCUCCUUUGUGUUGUCUCUCAUCUUUCAAAAGCGAAUUCUGUGUAUUUUUAUUUUGUGCCUCGGCAUUUGAAUCAGAGGAGCCACAGCAGUCGGAAGGUUGGGGCAGUGGGCCGAGGGAGGUGAGACAGGGCAGUGGGGUGAGGUGGUGCUGGCAGGGAUAACCUCCCACCAUGAGGGUCAGUGGUACAUUUCUUCCGUGUGUUGGGCGCCACCAGGUCGUCCCUUCAUAGCAAUAAUGAGCGCUUGGCUUCACAGGAGUAAAUAGUUGGUCUGUUUUCAAUCCAAAAUUAAAGCUGUAAGUUCCAUGAAGUUGCCGGAUUGUUUCAGUGGUAUGUAAAUUUUAGAUUUUAUGUAAAAAUACAAAGUCUUUAAUAUAUUAUUGAUAUACUUGU